AUGGCGAAAGCAACUAUGACAACAAAGGAAGCUCUAGCAAAAUGGGAAGAGAAAACUCAACAGAAACCUUCCGAGGCGAAGGAGGUUUUACUCUAUGGACAAUUUCCACCGAUUGAUAAAAUGGAUGCUUCAAUUUCAACGCUCACUGCUUGCGAAAAAUUAUCUUUAUCGACAAAUAUGAUCGAAAAGAUUGCUAAUUUGAACGGUUUAAAAAAUCUGAAAAUUCUCUCCCUCGGUCGAAAUUUAAUAAAAAAUCUUGUUGGUCUGGAAGCAGUCAGCGAUACUCUGGAAGAGUUGUGGAUCUCGUAUAACCAAAUCGAAAAGUUAAAGGGUAUCGGCGGUAUGAAAAAGCUACGUGUGCUCUAUAUGAGUAACAACCUCGUCAAAGAAUGGGCUGAGUUUCAGAAAUUAGCAGAGUUGCAAACACUUCAAGAGUUAGUGUUUACUGGAAAUCCUUUACAUGAGACGUUCCUGGAAAAUAACGAUGGUAAGCAAGAAAUCUGGCAAGCUGAAGUUCAAAAGCGUUUGAAACCAUUGAAGAAACUCGACGGUUUGCACGUCAUUCGCGAACAAGAAGGUGGGGAAUAG